AUGUCGGUCUACGACUACAUCAUCCGGAAUGUGUCCCGAUAUCGAAGAUCUUGGAAGCUCAGCGUGCUUGAGCCGAUCGGUGGGCACGACACGGAUGGUAAAUGUACACGGCGCACGGCCCGGAGCCUCCGAGCAGAGACGUCAAGCAGUGACCUCAUCGUCAUCGUCAACCUCCUCCUCAAUCUCUUCCUCCUCAUCGUCAACCUCCUCCCGGGAUUCGCCAAAGACGAGGAGAGCCCACAGAGUCCAUGGCCGACCCGGUGUUUGAUAGUAAAGAGAGUAUGGCCUGGUGGCAAAGUUGCUCAAAUUGCCUGGUUCCAGGGCCUCGGUGGUGUUCCUGACGCCCCUCACCCACCGACUAAGAUCCCGGGUGGGCGAGGGAAUGGGGCAAGGGAUCAGCCCAUCUCUUACCGCGUCCUCCAUUCGGACACUCGGCUGUGCGUGAGUGAGGAGGAGCUUGGCCCUGGGCAGCCCUCUCUCAUACACUUUGAGUGUCGGCUCUCUGAAGCAAAGCUGGAGCAAUGGGAUGCCAUGAGCAGAAACAACAACUUGUUUCUUGAGGCUCCACGGGGGAAUUUCUCUGACUGCAGCAAAGUCAGCUUGACCUUGCUGCUGGAGUUUGCAGAAGAGAAGUUGCUAGUUGAUAAUGUAAUUGUUUGCUUCCGCAAGGAACGGUCGGACAGAGCGUGCCUCCUCCGGGUGUUUAGAUACCUCGGCUUCGAACUCCUGGCACCAGGCCAUCCGAUGGUGCCUCAGCGUCCAGAUGUGGUCUUCAUGGCCUACCCGUUCGACAGGGACUCGGGUGGAGAAGAGUAGUCGCCCAGAGCAUCCAUCGAUGAGCACACAGUCCCCUUGCAGUAGAGAAACAUUUACGUGUCGUUCUCAGAUAAAAUUCAGAAUCGCAAAGGCCCUCUAUAUCCUUACUGUCUCUAAAUGCUACCACAUGUAAAACAAGUCUUCCUCUUGAUGUACUGAAUGUUCUGCCAGACUGCCUGUUUUAAAAUUGCAACUAGGUCUGUGUGAAAUCUAAAGAAAAAUGAUGAUAAAUUACAAUUGUAAUAACAAAAAUAAAUUCUAUAAUCACAUUUAAUCUGCUUUUAUUGUUUCUUGAGGGAGGUUAUAAUAACAGCAAAGUACAUUUCUGGUGGGGGGUGGGGGGGCAGGUUUUGGACAUUUUUAAUGUUUUUCUGAAUGUAUAUUGGAUUUAUUUGAAGUGAAGGGGCUUGGUAUACAGCCAAUUUGAUACUUAUAGUUUUGCACAUGAUCUCACUGUAGUAUGUUGCUUCUGCCUGUGCAAUAGCAUUUAGUUGUUUGGGAACCUUACAUCUUUUAAGUUGCAUGUUUACAAUAGUGUCUAACAUGGUUUUAGUUGUAAAGGAAAAAAAAAAUCAUUCCUGUGGCCGUCAAGUCAUAUAAAAUUGUUUCACUCGCAGCAUUCCUUGUUUAUUGCACACAUUAGGGUCACGUUUGUAUUAUAUCGGAUUAUAAAGCAAGUUGAGCAAU